AUGGCUACUGUCCGGCCUGGCCUGGGCCGAGUUCUCCCCGGGUCAUCCAUCCUGUUCCUGUGUGACAUGCAGGAGAAGUUCCGCCACAACAUCGCCUACUUCCCCGAGAUUGUCUCUGUGGCUGCCCGCAUGCUCAAGGUGGCCCGGCUGCUAGAGGUGCCCGCUGUGCUGACGGAGCAGUAUCCCAGGGGCCUGGGCCCCACAGUGCAGGAGCUAGGGGCUGAGGGCCUGCGGCCACUGCCAAAAACCUGCUUCAGCAUGGUGCCCGCUCUGCGGCAGGAACUGGACGCCCGGCCCCAGCUGCGCUCUGUGCUGCUCUGUGGCAUCGAGGCGCAGGCCUGCAUCCUGAACACUGCCCUGGACCUCCUGGACCGCGGGCUGCAGGUCCACGUGGUGGUGGAUGCCUGUUCCUCCCGCAGCCAAGUGGACCGGCUGGUGGCGCUGUCCCGCAUGCGCCAGAGUGGUGCCUUCCUCUCCACCAGCGAGGGACUCAUUCUGCAGCUUGUGGGUGAUGCUGCGCACCCCCAGUUCAAGGAGAUCCAGAAGAUUAUAAAAGACCCUGCUCCAGACAGCGGGCUGCUGGGCCUCUUUCAAGGCCAGAACCCCCUCUUCAGAUGA